AUGGCCAUUGGAAAAGUGGAUCCACGGUGGCUCACGUUCCGUGAGGAUUCUGAGGACAUUGUGGCUGCUUUCAUAAGGAAAUGGGAUAUUGAAAACGACAAGCCAAAGCCCAAAGGAAAGUAA